AUGGAGUGUGAAGAUACUCCUAGAACACGAAAAUCUGUCAUAUACCCUUGUAAAAAAUAUAAAGGAAAGAAGGAAGUAGAUCCAAGAACUAAAAAUAAUUAUUUAGAAAAAUAUAGAAUUUAUCAACCCACUACAUCAACGUCAGAUCUUGCAUCGUCGAUGUCCCAAACUCUAUUAGGAUUGUUGGAACAAUUACCUGAUAAUAACACAAUAGAAGAUGUCAAAAUAGAUCUUUUUGAUAUUCCACCUAAAUCUUCUUUUCUUGUAAAGAAGAAAAAUGAUAAAGCAAAAAGUCAUUUAACGUCUAAAAUUCGCAAAGUGAAGGAAAUUUUCAGCAAAGAUAUUGAGGAAAUAGAACUAUUUGGUAUUUCAGAUAAUGAGGAAGGCAAAGAUCAAAAUAUUUUUGAAAGCAAUAAUAUAUAUCUUUUAAUUUCCAUUGAUAAUCAAUUUGAAUUUUUUCUACCAUCAAUUAAUUUGGCACGAAAGUCAUUAGGAAUAUGUCUUCACAUUAAAAAAUAUGCAGCCCGUACAUUAUGCCACAAACUAUAUAAUCCAGAAGAUGUUACUACCAAAACUCCAGAACAAAUUUCAACAUACAUAGAAUGUGAACAUAUUGAAUAUCCCUCACAUUCUAUGUCAAAAAUGAGAAAAAAUUGUGGAAAUUUAUUGGCCAAAAAGAUUCCAAUUAAAGAAAGAUUAAUAUAUCGGGCAAAAAUGGGGUUUCCAACUAUAAGGAUAAAGGAUCAAUUAAAAUUGAUGUAUAAUCAUAAAGGGUUUGAAAAAUCAUUAUGA